GCCCAAACAGAUUGUGGUACAGUUUUUGUACAACUGUUGUAUAUUAGUUUGUUGUACAGUUAAGUAAUCACAAGAUGUCGCAAGAGACCGCGUAACAACAGCUGUUUAAUAUGCUGGAAACUCCUCCCUUUUUCAAGACAAAGCUACAACGUCAUCAUCAGAGGCUGCUUUGUGAAAGCGCCUCGCAGAUGAGCGAGAACCGUAGCGAGUGAGGAUCUUUUGCAAGAAUGGAUAUAUGAAAGAAAAACAUGCUUUUUAAGCACUAAAGCAGAACGUGUGGGGCUUCUUUUGAAAAGCGAUGGCGGCUCGGACACGAUGGGAUAACAUGUGGAGCCUGAUUUUCAUCUUUUGUUGUUUCUGUGACCGGUCCGUGGCUCAGAUAUCAUAUACCAUUUCCGAGGAGGCGGACAAAGGCAGAGUGGUUGGAAACGUUGCGAAGGACUUAAACCUCAGUGUGCAGCAGCUGCAGAACACGGACCUCCAAAUGGCAUCUGGGUACAAAAAACGGUAUUUCGACAUAAAUCGUGAAUCCGGAGUAAUUUUCGUCUGCGAAAGGAUAGACCGGGAGGAGCUCUGUCCGAAUCUGGCAAAAUGUUUUUUAAACAUCGAGGCCAUAUUGAGCAACCCUCGCAGCCUCCAUCGAAUCGAGGUCUUGAUAAAUGACAUUAAUGACAACGCUCCCUUUUUUCUCGAGGAAGCGAUUACAGUUGAUAUUUCUGAAGCUUCGUAUGUCGGGGAGAGACAUCCACUCCCAGUGGCUCAUGAUGCGGAUGUGGGACCUAAUUCGGUGAAGACGUACAAGCUCAACACAAAUGAGUAUUUCUCAUUAGAUAUACAAAGCGCUGGUGACCAGAGUGUCUCUGCUGAAUUAGUACUGCAAAAAGCAUUAGAUCGAGAAAAAGAGCCCGUGAUCGAGCUGAUUCUGACUGCAGUCGAUGGCGGAAAACCCCCGAAAGCAGGAACUUUACAGAUAAAAGUGAACAUUUUGGACGUAAAUGACAAUUCGCCCGUAUUUAGUAAGCCUCUUUACAAAGUGCAAGUGACGGAAAAUGCAAAUGUGGGCACAGCUUUAUUAACAUUGAGUGCCACUGAUUAGGCGAGGGUGUCAAUGGUCAGAUAAUUUAUUCUUUUACAGAGGGGGCGCGUUUAAAUCCAGAAGAAAUAUUUUCCCUUAAUAACCACAGCGGAGAGAUUA